AUGGUGAAUUGGAAUCAUGGUUGCGGAGAAUUACCCCACUACAUUUUAAAGAGAGAAGCAAGUGAAUGGAGUCAUGUUCAUUUCGGUACACAUUAUGAUGCGUCCAAGUUUUUCAACGAAAUGAAAAAUAUUCCUUUCACAGGACCACAUGAGUAUGAAAUCAGAUUUUCUAAUGCAACAUAUUUUAAGACCAAGAGAAUAGUUGAAUACAUUAACACAUCUAGACCUAGACCGGCAUAUACUCCAACUUCAUCAUCAUCACAAACUGAUGAAAAAAAAUUGGUGUCCUUAAACCAGUCUUUGCAGAAUAAAUCCCAAUAUGCAUUGUAUGAUAACGGGGAAGGGAAUUCAGCGAAAGACCAAGUACAAAUUGAUGUCGCUUAUGACGAUCGAUUUGUCAUUAUUUGUCAUUAUUUUUGCCGAGAUUUGACAAUUGGAGAAAACGGUACGGGGAUUACAGAAAUUGAAAAUAAUCUUUCCACUAAGUUUGAACUGAAUUAUAUAUGA